GUUCCCACACGGAGUCCCUGACGAUCCACACAGACUCAGCUGGGAGAAGAUCAAACGCGACACCCCAGUUUCGCCUUCACAACUGGUGGCCAAACACCAGGAGAAGAUAGCGGAGCAGGUGAGCUGGCUGGAAGAACGCAUCUGCACGCUACAGGACGACACCGAGGCUCUGGUGAAAGAAGUCUACGCCCUGAAACAGGAUAGCAGGAAGGUCGAGACAGACAUAAGUACGAUAAAGGGAGAAAAGAAGGCCCUAGUAGAGAAGAACAUAGCUUUGGAGGGAGAAAAGGAAAGGUUGAUAGAGAAGAAUAGAUUGUUAGAAGAAGAGAGGGAGGAGUUACUGGGAGAUAUAGAACAACGGCUUCUUGAGGGUAAAGAGAAUUCAGAGGAAGUCAUCAAGAAGCUAGAGGGUGAGAUUAAGCAGUUAGGGUCAAACAAGGAGGAGCUACAGGCGAUGUACGAAAGAGUGAAUGAGGAGAAUGAAAGCUUGAGACAGGUGGAAGAGGAAAAUGGAAGCACGAAAGAAGAAAUGGAACAAGUGAAAGAGGAAAACGAAAGGUUGAGAGAGAGUUUCAUGGAUAAAAGCAACCAGUUUAAGGAGGAAAUAGAAAGACUAGAACAGGAAAAUGAGGAGUUAAAGAGGGCAUUGACAGGGGGAGUUGGUAUGACUGACGAAAUGGAAAGAAUGAAAGAGGAAAACGCGAGAUUGAAUGAAGACUGGAGGGAGGAAAAUGAUAGAAUGAAAGCUGAAAUUGAAAAAGUGAGAGAAGAGAAAGAAGCUACCAUAGUAAAACUGGGAGAGGAGAAUGCACAGAUGAAGGCAGGUAUGGAAGCGAUGAAAGAAAAAGUUGAGAAGAUGAAAGAUGGGGUAAGAGAAGCAAAUGAAGAGAUAGAGAAAGCUCUAGAGCUUUUAAAAGAGGAAAAGGGGAGGGCACUAGCAGAAAAGGAAGGUUUGGUUGAAAAUCUUGAAAAGGUAGUGAAAGAAAAUGAAGUUCUGAAGAAAGAAAAUAAACACGUAGGAGACGAAAAUAAGGAACUAAAACAAGAAAUCACCAUGAAGGAUGAAAGCAUCGACAUUCUAAAAGAGGAAUUGAUCACAGUGAAGUGUGAGCACGAAAAGAUGGCAGGAGAGAAUGAAGGGUUAAAGAAAGAAAUAGACAGGGUGAAAAAGGAGAUGGAAGCUUUGGCUAGCAUGACAGAGUUGAAUGAACAGCGAGAACAUGCAGAGACUCAGGAGGAAGUGGAGCGAUUAAAACGGGUUCUUGAAGAAGUGAAACAGGAUAGGGAUAGGAUAAAACAUGAGUCGGUCAAAGCAGGUGACAAACUAAGAAAAAACAUUGGCACGGUGGAUAAAGAAAAGUCAGAAGUACAGACUUUGCAACAGGAAAAUGACAAACUGAAAAGUGAGAUAGAACGAGUGGGAGAGGAAAAGAGUAAGGUCUUAGAAGAGAGGGAAACUAUACUGAGGGAACACGAGAGAGCUCUUGACGAACUGAGACACAAGGUAACAGAGCUGGAAAAGCAAAAGCAGAAAAUGAUUUCUGUGAUGGAAAAGAAAAGAGAAACCUUAGAACAGAAUGUGAAAGAGUUGGAAAUGGAGAGCCAACAGGUCAAAAGACAGGCAGAUAUGAUCGAGGCCCAGGCUGAGAGGGUGGCGCAGGAGAGUGAACAGAUCAGACAGGAGAAUCAGGAACUAAAACUAGAAAAUGAGAAGUUAAGAGGGGGAAUAGACGGGAUGACAGGAGAGAAGGAAAGGGGUAAAGAGGACAUGAUACAGGCGCAAUACUUAGAGCAUAGGCAGGAAAACAUCGACUCGAGAGGGGAACUGGAGAAUAUCAGGAAGGAAAACCCUGAGCUGAAAAAGCAGGAAGAGGAUAUUUCUCUCUUGAAAGUACAGGGGAGAAGAAUGGGGGAGGAAAGUAAAGACACCGUGGCUGAUAAGACCAAAAGAGAGAGUGAUCAUGAGAUAGAAAGGGUAGAAAAUGAAAGAAUGAAAGAAGAUAAAGAUCAGAAAGAUCAGAUAACGCAAAACCAUGUUGAUGUCAUAGACGAAACCUUGCAGCAAAGUGAAUUGAAAGAGAGUACAAACAUGGAAAAGAAAGGGGAGAACAAAAAUGCAGAUAUAGAUGGGUUGGAACUGAGUGAUCAUAGUGAAACUGUAAGACAGGACACACAGGAAGAGAACGGAUCCGUAGAUCAAGAUCAGGGUCUAAAACAGAAAACGGAAGAAAUAACAGAGGGACAGAUAACAGGCGAGGAUCUUGUCAAACCUGCCGACGAGCUGGGUGAUAAGGAAAGGAAAAUUGAUGAAAGUGGGACAGCAGUUAGGAAUGAGGAGGGAAAUGAGGAGACAGGGAAGGAAGAAAGUGGGCUAACAGAGGGGAAAACUGAAGUAAAAGUACAGGAACAAGAAUCUACAACAGCAGAGGAUCUCGGCAAAAAUGCAGAAAAAAUGGGCGGUAACGACGAGGAAAUUGACGAAAGCGGGACAGCAGUUAGAAAUGGGGAGGGGGAGUCAAGGGCAGAAGAAAGUGAGGAGGGGAUGAACAUGUUGAAUAUAGAAGCGGCUGGACCAAGCGAUGGUCUAAGUCAGAUGGUAGAUGAUAGGGAGGACAAGAUAGAGAAAACAGAAGAAGGGGGAGAGUCAAUACAAGAUGAAGUAAAAGACGGGAUGUAUGAAAAUGCCCAGAAGACUAAAGAAAUGACAGAAGAACAAGAAGAUACAAUAUCAGUGAAUCUUGGCAAAAAUGCAGACAAGCUAGGCGAUAAGGAAAUAAAUAUUGAUGAAAGCGGGGCAGCAGUUAUUAAUGAGGAGGGGGAGGCAAGGAAAGAAGAAAGUGUCCUAACAGAGGGAGUGAACGUGGUGAAUACAGGCGAGGGUCUAAGUCAGACAGUAGAUGAUAGGAAGGACAAGAUAGAGAAAACAGAAGAAGUUGUUGAAUCAAUGAAAGAUGAAGUAAAAGACGGGAUGUAUGAACAUGCUCAGAUGACUAAAGAAAUGACAGAAGAACAAGAACAUACAAUAACAGACGACAUUGGCAAAACUACAGAAGAGCAGGGCGAUAAGGAAAUAAACAUUGAUGAAAGUGGGGCAGCAGUUAGAAAUGAGGAGGGGGAGACAAGGAAAGAAGAAAGUGAGCUAACAGAGGGGAUGAACAUAUUGAGUGAAGAGGUAGCUGAGCCGGGCGAUGGUCUACGUCAGACUGUAGAUGGUAGGGAGGAUAAGAUAAAGAAUACAGAAGAAGGGGGAGAAUCAGUGAAAGAUGAAGUAAACGAUAAGGAUAUUCCAGCAGAACCACAAGAUGGAAUGAAUGAGUUGGUGAAAGAGGAGGCCGUGCCGACAGGGGAAAUGAGUUUGGGUACUGUUAGAGGAAUGGAAGAAGGAAUGAGUGGUUCAAAGGAUGACGAGAAUGUUACCGGGGUGGAAGCAAAGGAUGAAGUGACUUAUGAAGAAUUCCAUGAAAUGAGAUCAAAAGUUGACAGUUUGAAAGACAUGUACGACAAGAUGAAAGAGGAAAAUGAUAGAAUGAAAACUGCUCUGAAGAACAUUGAUGACGAAGUAAAAGCAGAAAGGGGUGCUCUAGUUGGUGAUGAUGUUCUUCGUGCCCUCAGUAGGUUCAAAAGAGCUAAGCUCAAGUUGUCUGGGAAAGGGGCUAGUAAGGACAUAGCAAACCACUACUUAGCAUCAGUGAGAAAGCAUGUGUCAGAGGGACUAGGGAAAGGUGACGAAGGUAGAGGCGAAGUGGCGGCUGGGGAAGGGAAUACUGCAGGGGGUGGCACUUAG